AUGGCUGCCUUCACCGUUAUCAUAAUCGGCGGGAGCAUAUCGGGCCUCACCCUGGCGAACGUGCUGGAGAAGUAUGGGAUCAAAUACAUACUUCUUGAAAAGCGCCCGUCGAUUGGACCCCAGCUUGGAGCAACUGUCGUGGUCCACCCUAGCGGCCUACACCUCCUUUCCCAGCUUGGUCUCAGAGAGAGAGUUGAGGAAUUAGCAACCCCGGUGGAACUGCAGAAGGCAAUUGGACCGGAUGGAACCUUUGUAUUGAAUAUCGCAGCCACGAAUCAAUGCGACCGCACGAUUGCUGAUGCGCUCAGUACUGGUUAUAUGCCAAUGUUCAUUGCACGACAAGACCUCAUCAAAGUGCUUUAUGAUAAUUUGCAAGACAAAUUCAGGGUUCAUGCCUCGCUGGGGCUAAGAGAACUCGAAUGGGCAGGCGACAAGGUAAAAGUCACGACUACUGACGGUACCUCAGUUGUUGGAGAUAUUGUUGUAGGUGCGGACGGUGCCAAUAGCAGAACUAGGGCAGAGAUCUGGAAAAUCGCCGACGUUGAAGACCCGAGUUAUGGGUCACAACAGCUGGCUAAAUCAAUCGCCUGUACCUAUCGCUGCGUGUUUGGGAUGGUAGAUGACGGCGACAGCAGCCUUGCUCGCACUGCAUAUCUAGCUUUCCAGUACAACAGGGCAUAUACGUACCUUCCCACUGACUCUGGAAGAGCUUAUUUCCUUGCAUUCUUUAAGAACCCUGCAAAGACUGUCAAUGACGCGAUCCCUCGGUAUUCCGAUCAAGAUGAAGAUGCAGACGUCGCGGCGCAUGCGAACGACAUCAUCGUACCCGGGCUUACAUUCGGCGAUCUGUACAAGCGGCGGACACGGUGUACCCUUGUACCGCUGCAGGAGUAUCUGCUUGAUAAAUGCUUCUAUAAACGGGUGGUGUUGAUUGGGGAUGCUGUUCACAAGUUGAACCCCAUCACCGGCCGUGGAGCAAAUCUAGCAAUCGAAGGAGCAGCUCUUCUCGGUGAUUUGAUUAAGCACGCCCUGGAGAAGAGCUUGCAGCCGACGGACGAGAUGCUUCAAACAGCGUUCUUCACAUACCAGCAAUGCACGAAAUCAAGGGCACCAUCACAGAUCGAUGACGCUCAUCGGGUUCAGAGCCUCGCAGCCCUCGAGAACCCAUUGUUAAAGUUUAUGAGCCUAAAGCUCUUAAAAAGGGCUACCGCCGAUAAGCUGGCUCUCGGCGUCGCCGUUGAUUUUUCUACAGGCCAUAGCAUGCGAUAUCUGCCCCAACUGCCACAGCGAGGUAUGGUACCACUGAACAAGGAUGUAGUCGCCAACCCGGAACAUCGACCUGCCUCCUCCACAGUGCUCUGGAUUAUACUGAUGCUCGGGAUGGCUUCCCUGGGUGCAGUUUGGCAAAAGCACCAGAGGGCCGAAGAGGAUCAACCCAUUCAUGGUUACACUCUUCUCACUUUAUCGACCUUCUACAAUCUGAUGAUCCUCUUCGCCAGUGCAGUCCAUGGUUCUCUCGGACGGCGCGCGGUUAAUCUGUCAUUCUCUGACGAUUCUGGCAUGGUCCCAUUUUACGCUGUGGGACAUGCGCCGGACAAAUAUCGUCCAACAACCCCUUCUCGUCGCGUCGGCUUGCUUGUUCCUGGGCCUUCUUAUCUUGGGUCCGGCGGCCACUUUAAUGGGCUUUUGGAAGUGGCGUGA